AUGAAGUUCACGUCAGAAAAGACGUCGUCUCUAGAUCCACGAGAUGUCCAGAUCGAAGAAGUUCACGUGGAUCACCUUCCACCGGGAUACUUUCGGAGCAGCCUAUUCCUGGGAAGCAUGACUGCCAUAGGAAUGGGUCUGCUCAGUGCCAUUGCAGGCUUCGCAUACGCCGCUCCCAUCCUGGGCGUAAUCAAUAACGACAUCGGUCCCAGUCCUAAUUUGUCCUGGGUGGCGAUCGUGUACACGCUGAUGAUUGCCGUGGGACUGACGAUCGUCGGUCGCUUCACAGACAUUUUCGGCAGAAGAUACACUUUUAUCGGCGGUGCGGCUCUAGGUGUCGUCGGGAGCAUCGUCUCUGCGACCGCCCCGACCAUCAAUGCGUUGAUCGCAGGCAUGACCUUGAUCGGUCUGGCCGCAUCAACACAGGUCUCUUACUUCUAUGUCACGGCAGAGUUGAUUCCUUCCAACUACCGAUUUGUGGGCAACGCAGUCAUGUAUAUCUUCGCCACUCCUGGAGGGGCGUUUUCACCCGCCAUCGCAAAUUCCGCCAUCCUUCAUACUCCGACAGGCUGGCGCACCUGCUUUUAUAUUCUGAUCGGAUAUAAUGCUGUUGCUCUGGCGUGCUGGGUCCUCUUUUACCGUCCUCCCACUUUCAAGAUGAAACACCAGUCUGGAAAUAGACUCUUAUACGCCAAAAAGUUCGACUUCGUCGGCCUUGUCCUGUUCGCCGGCGGCCUCUUGGUCUUUUUGAUGGGUUUACAGUGGGGGGGAACCGUCUAUCCCUGGGAUUCCGCACAUGUCCUGGGCACGCUGAUCGCGGGCGGGGCGUCUUUGGUUGCUUUCGUCUCAUGGGAAACCUUCGCCCAACUGGAGGAACCGCUCGUCCCGAUUCAGCUGCUCAAAUCUGUCCCUUGGGCCGCCGCGGUUGUCUUGUCUGGGCUAGGCGCUAGCUUGUACUACGCGCUUGCUGUCGUGUGGCCGUCAAUGGUUACAAUCAUAUAUCCUACUGGCGAUACGAUUACGGAUGGCAUGAUCGCAUCGAUUGUCGGCGCGGGAUGGGUGGCGGGAGAAAUAUUGUCGGGUUUUCUGGCGAAGCCCAUCAAAAGGGUCAAGUGGCAGAGCAUCGUCACCAUUGCAGCUGCUGGCAUUUUCUUGGCCUGCAUGGCGACAUGUACGCCCGACACCAAAACUCGUGCAUGUGUCCUCCUCUCACUCAGUGUCUUCUUAGCGGGCUAUGUUGAAGGCCUUUCUCUGACCACAACUACCUUGGUUCUCCCCGACCAACAGCAAAUGGGCAGUGGAUGUGGAUUUGGAGGCACCAUCCGCUUCACAAUCACCACCAUUGCGACAGCCAUAUACAGCGUGGUCUUGACAGAUCGUCUGUCGGUGACCGUACCGAGGGAAGUAGCAUCGGCGGUUGAAAGUGCCGGUCUCCCUCCUUCGACUGUGGCCGAUUUCAUCGCCGCAUUCUCAACUGGAAAUGGUCUGCAAGAAAUUCCGGACACCACCCCCAGCAUUAUUCAAAAAGUCUUUCGUGCCUAUCAAAUCGCCAAUGCCGAUGCGUAUAGAAUGGUAUUCUACACAACGAUUGCGUUCUGCGGUGCCGGAAUCAUCAGCGCACUCUUCCUUCCAAAUGUUGAUGAUCUGAUGACUGGCGAGGUGGCUACGAGGCUCUAUGAGAAGAAGGAACGAGAGGAUAUCGUGGCUAGGGUAGAAAUGAAAAGGGGACAUAUUGCAUCAGCCUAG